CUGGAAGGAGAUAGCAGAACGCGAAUAGAUAACGGUGUCCAUCACGUGGGGAAGGAGAUGGUCGUGAUGUGCACAUGAAGCUCGACUCAGUGCCGCGAAGGCUGUGAGGGGACGAGGUACACCGGCCGAGUGUCCGAUACCCUCGGGAACGGUCCCGAGGACUCCGCUGAAGAUCCUUGCUGAGGACUAGUGGUCCUGAGACCGCGAUCGACCCCGCAGAGUCGCCUCCGACUCAUCGCGACACUCGUCGACCUCGACUAUGGACCGAACGCGACUUACAUACGUCACAACCGCCGUCGUGGGCGUCGGCACAGCGGUCUUUUUCAUCUGGUGGUGGUGGAACAGAAGACAGAAGCCUCAACCACCGUCCAAGUGGCGAAAAGUUGGAGAACUAAGCGGUUUAACAGUGUACCCGGUCAAAUCGCUCGGCGCGGUUCGCAUGACAGAGAUGGAAUGCACGACGUUGGGCCUGAAGUCCGGCUGGUUGAGAGAUCGGACGUUGCUCGUCAUCGAUCUCGAGGGGCGAUUUCUCACCGCCAGGCAGCUACCUAAAAUGGUCAAUGUAUCACCUAGUAUUUCCGGUUCUGUGCUUACGCUUCGCGCUCCAGGCAUGAUGUCGAUGUCAGUGGACCUCGCGCAACUCCGCGGCAAAGGUUUCCGAGUCGCUGUGUGGGGUCAAGCGGUACCGGCACGCGAUUGUGGUGAGGAAGCUGCCCGAUGGCUGUCACGCUUCCUUCUUCAGGAGGAUACCGGUUUUAGACUGGUCUAUUACCCACUAGAUCGACCGGUGAGAUCAGUGCGACAGAGGAAUUACAAAAUCUUCCCUCUGGAAGAGUCAAUAGACUUGGGAGCCUAUCCAGACGAGACAAGCUACAGUCUGAUCAACGAAGCUUCAAUAGCAGACCUUAAUAGCCGACUGGACGAGCCAGUCACGUCGCAGCAAUUUCGCAUGAAUUUCGUGGUCAAGGGUGCCACUGCUUAUGAAGAAGAUAAAUGGGAUUGGGUAAAGAUCGGGAACGUGAUUAUGAGAAACGUUAGGCCCUGCACAAGAUGCAUCUUCACUACGAUAGAUCCAGAAACCGGCACGAAGCAUAUCAAUGCGGAGCCUUUGAAGACUUUGAAAAGUUACAGGCAGAUAACCGACCCGCAGAUCCGACCCGCAACUGGCGACAGUCCAGUUAUGGGGAUUCAUCUUGGACUACGAGGACCAACUGGGAAGGUUCGCUUGGGCGAUCCAGUUUACGUAGGCAUCCCGGAAGAGGAAGCGCCGUCUGUGGUUUCACCGUCAUAGCUAUACCGUUGGGACUCCUGCGAGAUUUCAGAACACGAACUCGACGCAGAACUGACGGUCGAGGACAUGAAAAGCGGAGUCCAGAGUCCACGAGAAAAUAUUGAUUGAGAUACUAUAUACGCACAAGUGUGCAUGUAACGUCUUGAGCUACGAAUAGAUGAUCUGAGGUUGGUGAAAAAAAAAUUGUAGAUUUAUAAAACUACACAACUGUUAGUGAUAUUACUGUUAUCUUACGAAACGAAGUGUCUGUACUGUGGAUUUAAUUCUAUAUGCAACGUGAAUGUUCAACUUUUGUGUCACACGUGAAAUUAUAGCAGCGUGCGUAUCAAGUUUCCAAAAUAUAUUUUGCCAUAUUAUCAAAAAUUGGAAAAUAUUUUCCUCUUGAAUGUCGUUUAUCUCAAAUUAUCGGAUUUUAGAAAUAGCAACCAAAUUGAAUUAAUUUCGAAACACUCGUACAAAUGGCAAAAUUUUCUUCAAAUGACUGUGGAGAAACAAUAGUUCUCGGAUUAACAAUGGUUAAUAUUUUAAUGCAACGCGUUAUCAAUCAAUUAUAUUAGAUAAAUAUACUGUAAACGCAAUACGUACACGAUAAGUCGUGUAUAUUGCACUUUAUUGAUAAUAUCAAGAACAAGAUAAUAGGAACAAAUAACUGUUAUCUACUGCAUUUUGUGUAAUAUUAUCACAUUAUAACGUUUUGUUACGCGGAUUUCAUCCGCAAAUUCUAUUAGGGCCUAGUAGACUUGUCAAUUUUAUUAAUAUUACAUAAAUAUUUUUCUAAUUAUAUUUUUGUACUAUAAAAAAGUGUAAUAAAUCAUUGAUUCGUUUUCAAAUAA